UGGUCAAAGGAGCAAUGGAGCCCUUAAAAACGUCUUUAACUCGAGUAUUCAUCGAGUUUUGACGCUUUUUUCGACGAAUUUAACUCCAUUCCUGUUGCCAGACGACAAGAAUAUUGCCUGAAAUACCUUGCCGCUUCGCGUAGACCAUUUGUUCACGGAAAUUCCAGCGAGUUGCCGGAGAAUUAUACAUAAUAUUUUGGACCUGUUAUAAUCGAGUUUAAAAUAUAAAAGAAAAUCCGGCUUAAAAAUGAGCCACGGGUUUGAUUUCACCGAAGACGAACUGAGUGCAGAUGUUACGCUUCGAAUCAAGUCAAAAUCGGGCGAACAAGAGGGAAUUCAGAAAAAGACCUUCACAAAAUGGGUGAACAUGCAAUAUGGCAAGGCGCGUGCAAAUGUCGAAGUGAAGGAUAUUUUCAAGGAUUUGCGAGAUGGCACAAAGUUGAUCACGCUUUUGGAAAUACUUACUGGCAAAAAAUUGAAACGUGAAAAGGGAAGAUUAAGAGUUCAUCAUUUAAACAACGUUGGACACGUUCUGAAUUUCUUGGAAACGCAAAAGGUAAAGUUAGUCAACAUACGAAAUGAUGACAUUGUCAAUGGAAAUCCGAAGUUAACUCUUGGUCUAUUGUGGAGUAUAAUCUCUCAUUAUCAGUUGAGAGACGUUUUACGCGAGGUUGUCGGGGAUUACGUUCAUGAUAUGUCUAAGGUCGAGAAAACGCUUCUAGCUUGGUGCAAACAGUCCACAAAAGGUUAUGAAGGGGUUAACGUGACGAAUUUGACGAGCAGUUGGAAAAGUGGCUUGGCGUUCAAUGCCCUCAUUCAUCGCCACAGGCCAGACCUCUUUGAUUAUAAGCAUUUGCUAAGGAAUAGCUCUCGUGCAAAUCUCGAACAUGCCUUCAAUGUGGCUAACACCCAUCUUGGGGUACCUAUGCUUCUGGACCCCGAAGAUGUCGAUCGUGACCAGCCGGACAAGAAAUCGAUAAUGAUGUACCUGACUACGCUGUUUGAUACACUACCACACAAGGAGAUCGUUUUAGAAGACUCCAGCGAGCUCAGCAGCACCUCAACUGAGACAGUACGCAGUUCUCGUGUCGUUAAAGUCACUCAAAACACUUACGAGGCUGAACCGGGAGAGGAGACGACAUCAUCUCAGGGUGAAUGGGAAGAUUACAACGACACGUUGACCGAAGUUUUGACUUGGUUGGAGAAGGCGGAAAAACAACUGAAAGGUCAAGCGAAGAUCUCCAAUGAUGUGGAUGUUGUCAAAGACCAGUUUCAUGAUCACGAGUAUUUCAUGAUUGAUUUGACAAACCAUCAGUCGAAUAUCGGAAGUGUUUUGGAGUUUGGAAAUCAGCUGAUCAGCGAAGGUUUGGUCGGUGAGAAAGAAGAACACCAGAUUAGAGAACAAAUGAUCAUGUUGAACGAUCGUUGGGAGGCUUUGAGAUUAGCAGCGAUGGAUAGACAGAGCAAACUUCAUGAACAACUCAUGGAUCUACAACAAAGACAAAUUGAUGAACUGGCAUCGUGGUUAACAGCCGCUGAAGCAAAGAUUGAAUCAAGCGAUCCAGUCGGCUCUGACGUUGACACAUUAAAACGCCAAAUUGAUGAACAUAAGUCGUUUCAAGACGAUCUAGAAGCACAACAGCAGAAGGUGAACUCUCUCACCCAUAUGGUGGUUGUCGUCGACGACAACGCCAACGACAAUGCGACGGCCGAACUCGAAGAACAGCUAGGAAUUCUGGGAGAAAGAUGGUCCAGUGUUUGCAAAUGGACGGAAGAAAGAUGGGAACUGCUUCAAGUUCUGCAAGUGAGUUGGCAACAGUAUACUACUGAGGAGGCCCGUUUGAACGAAUGGCUCACUUCUAAAGAGAAAGAAAUCGAGGAUAUGAAACGAAUUGAUGCCAGCGAUAUUGAUAACGUUCACCGAACUAUUAAACAACUACAGAAACUGGAAAUGGAAAUGGCUCGUCAGCAGGCGUCUUUCCAAGAUUUCAAUGAUGCAGCCCAGAAAGUCGCGGAAAAUGUCGACGAGGAUUCAGUUUCUGUGAAACAAAUCCAAGAUCAGAUGGAGGAGUUCAACGAAAGAUGGAAUUCACUAACUUCUCAAGUCACUCAAAGACUUACUUUGUUGAAGGGUCUGGAUGUGAAGCUGACCCAUCUCCGAAAAGAAGUUGAUGAAACUCUACAAUGGAUGAAUGACACACAGACAUUAUUAAAUUCCCCAAUGGCCGAGGCGAGCACUGCAUCUUCCAAGGAACUUGGCGAGAAAAAAGAACUCAUUCAGUCUUUGGACAACGCUGUCAAGAAAAGAAAGGCGAGCAUCACGAGAGUUUCGAGAAAAGCCGAGGACAUUAUCACAGAAACGAAAAGCAUUUCGUAUCGAGCGACAACGGUUGAACAGUUGUUGGCAGACUUUAAUACACGCUGGGAAAGAUUAUGUGUUUUGCUUGAGGAGCGAAAAGCCAGGUUAACACAGGUCUCCCAAGACCAGAAAGUGAGUUAUAUUAUCGAGAUUAUCACCACGCUGGAGAUUAUCGUCAUCGAAGCCGAGAAGGAACUGGACCGAAUGGGAGAGAUCCCGGAUGACGAGGCUCGGCUCCAGGAACAGAAGAAGAUUAUCAAGCGUCUGGAAGAAGAACUUCAAGCGAAACAAGCCGAACUUGACAAUCUUAUGGCGAAAUAUUCCGAGCUUGAAGCCAACCAAAGACCUGCUGAACUGGAACGAAAAUUGAAUCGCUUCAGAGAGAAAUGGUCGAAGGUUUCAAACUUGCUUGCAACCAGGACAAAAACUUUGAACAAUGCAUUAGAAUCAGGGCCACCAAGACAAUACCUGGACGCCAUGGAAAGCUUAUCUAAACUUCUGAAAGAUAUUGAAGAAAAGAUCACUGUUGAGUUUAAAUUAACUGACACCGUCAAGCUGGAAGAACAGUUAGCUGCCGUACGGGAGAUGGAAUCGAACUUGAAGUCCAACCAAAAAGUUUUGGAUAAUUUGAACAAAAGCAGCGAAAAAGUUACGAAAUCGCUGAGCAAACCCAAGGCUGAACAACUGCGCCGAAAUCUCGCUAGUUUGAACGACAAAUGGAAGGAAGUUAUCUUGCUUUUGGAAAAACGACAAAACCAGAUUUCUAAAGGUAUAAAUCAAACUAGACAGUUCCAAAGCGAGAUUGCUGGGUUAAUGAAAUGGAUCGGAGAUGUCGAAAGCUUCAUUCAAGAGCAAGUUGUUGAUGGCGAUCCAGAGUCUCUUGAAGUCCAACUAGAUCAGUGCGAGGCUUUACAAGGCGACAUUGGGAAACUGCAGCGCAAAAUGGAUUCAUUACAAGAGACUGGUACCUAUAUCACGAACAAAUCCGAACCCGAGUACGCGACGAAGGUGAAGCAACAGCUGAGCGAUCUAAAAUCAAACUGGGCGACCGCUGUGCAGCAAUCGAACGAACAAAAAGAGAAGCUCUCCAAGGCUCUGAACGAUGCCGAGAAACUGGACCAAGAUAUCAAGCGCUUGGUCACGUGGAUGAAGCAUGCGCGCGCAGGCGUCGAGGAUGACGAAAGCACACUACAGCAUGCUGACGUGACGCAAGAGAGACUUGAUCACUACAAGGAAGUUCUUCAUGAAGUGAGCAAGAAUAAUUCUGCAGUUGCUGAAAUCAACACUACAGCAAACAAGCUGAUCUCUCGUUCAGACAAGGCAGCCGCUGCUAAUCUUCGCGAGAAAAUCAGAGUCUUCAACACCGAGUGGGCAGAAUUAAAAGCCCUUCUCAACAAAAAACAACAAGACGUGUUAAAACUACAAUCGGAGAUCAAAACAUUUGAUCGCGCAAUCGACCGGGAAACGGAGAGGAUUGGGGAGAUACAGAAGAACGUCCAGACUUGUCAUGAGUCUGUGGGGAAAGAUGACACAAUCAUGGAGAAAUGCCUCAGGGCUCUACAAAAACGGAUGUCAGAACUUGACGAGGAUGGCCCGCAAUCUCCAAGUACUCUCGCUCAGCAGUUGAUCACGAAGAAGGUAGCUAUGGUAACAGUGAAACAGCGCCUUCAGGAAUACCAAAACCUCCUGGGUGAUCUAAAAGAGCGGGUGAAGAAUAUAGAACAGAUCCUCGAGGAGGAGCUCGGACGUCGGGAGAAAUCGAAGAAAGACAUUGGAGUGAUUAAAAUAUGGAUUACAAAAUCUAUCCAAGUCAUUGAACGCAAGCUAGACAGCAGCGAGCCUGUGGAUGUUACCACCAUUGAGGAAUUGAAGGCCGACUUUGCUGAACAUGAGAACAUGCUCGAAGCUUUGGAGAAACAAAAUCGUGAAUUGCUCGCAAACGCUUCAGAUAAACAGAAGAAGGAGGUGAAUCACGCGAUGGAAGAGGUCCAUGCUCAGUGGAAGCUGAUGCAGGCGAAAUUUGAAGAGCUCAAAGCCAGACCAUCUCGCGAAAUGGAAUCAGAAUUCGUGUCCUACCAUGGUCAGAUAUUGUCUGCUGUGGAUGGCAUUGCAAGAACUUUGAAAAAAAUACGCCUGACUUCCUCAGAACCGCGAGAAAUAAAACUACAGCUGGAUGAAUGCAAGAAACUGCAAGACGAGAACGAGAAUUUGAAACGGACAAUCGAUUCGUUCAAGAGGACGGGUCAGAAGAUUAUGUCGGGAAUCCCUGACGCGUCGAAAAAAUCUGGAAUUGAGAAACGCAUCGAGGAAGUUGUUGAGCAACACUCUGAUAUGGAGGCAAAGUUGAAGAAGAAAGAACAGGACUUCACAGAGGCUUUAGAAUUGUCGCAAGAAGUCGAGAAAAACAUGAACGAUAUUGAAAAAUGGUUGAAAGACACUUCAAUGGAAUUAAACAGAAAAAUACAAGGAGGAUUUCCGUCAGAUGUCGACGGAGAGCUUAAAUGGAAUAAGAAUUUAAUUCAUCAACUCACUCGCAAAAUGGCUGAAGUUCAGAGCGUCUCACAAAAAGGUCGCGAGCUUGUCGAUCUCAGCGAGACUGCCCAAUUGGACAAUCUUGAAGACCGUAUCAACCAUGUGAACGAGCUUUGGGAAGAUCUUAGCUCCCUUGCGGAGAAACGCCAGACCACACUUCAACAUCAGAAGAAACAGGUUUCGGACUUUGAAAAAACGGUGGACGAUUUGAAUGUUUGGGUCGAAAGCAUCGACAAAGCUUUGGCAGAGUUGGAUAAAAAUGAAAUACAGAAUAAUUAUACCGAAGCAAGGAGAGAAUUUGAUCGAAUCAAACUGGACGUGGAAACUAAACAGCCGAAGUUUGAAGAAAUGAAAUCGCAAAGCGGCGACUUUUUGAAAGCAGGAACACACAUCAUGGAGCCGUAUCGUCGAUUGCUGGAGAGACGCUGGGAUAAUAUUCAAAUUAAGAUGAGGGAACUCGAGUACGCUUUGAAGACGCGUAAAGAAGAGAAGGAUAUCAUUGAUGCGGGAAGACCUCGGGAUGAGCAGGUGACUAUGAGUAAGAUGGUGAUGGUCGAGAGUGCUGCUCCUGACAGCAGCGAUGAUCUGUGGUGGAGCGCUGAGGAAGAGGAAGUACAGAAAACGCCAGACGACUUACAACAAACGAUGCGAGAAAUAUUUAUUGAAAUUCGCACAAUCCAAGAAAUUACUGAAGAAAUAAUUGUCACCCCUCGUGCGAAACAUGACGUAGUUGUCGAACAGAAGAUUAAGACCACCAAUCGCCAUCUUGACGAUCUCAAUCCGAAGAUUGACCGAGUCUUGAUCGAAGGACGUUCGGUGAUCGAUCGUGAACCAGACUUAGCCAAACAAGAUGACACGCGAGAAGAUCUCCUAAAGCUAACUGGACAAUGGCUGAGACUUUGCGAUGUUCACAGCAAAAAAGUUGUCAAGAUCAACCCGCAAUGGUACCAAUUUAGAAGCAACGUUCCCAGCACAAAAUUAUGGAUCACAUAUAUGGAUAAGCAUUUGAGGCAGGUUGAACCAGAAUCCGGGAAGAAAGUUCUUCACGACGAUGAUCUUCAUAGAGAAGUUUUGGAAAUUGUUGAGAAGAAAGUGGAAGAUCUGCAAGAGCGUGGAGUGGAAACAGUUCCUGAGAAAGAUUUGCUCAUUAUGAGAAAGAAGCUACAGUUGAUUGAUAACCGCUUUGACCACUAUAAGAAACCACAAGGUUACAAGAUAUGUGUGUAUACUGGCGAUGAUAAAGAUGCUGGAACCAGAGCCAAUGCUUACAUCAAAUUGUUUGGAACAAAGGGAAGAACAGACCAACUUCAUCUGCGCAAGUCUGAAACGAAUGAUGUCCAAUUUCAACCUGGUCAGGUCGACGUUUUCACCCUUGACGGUGUCCCAUCUGUCGGCGAAGUCGAGAAGCUCCGAAUAUGGCACGACAACACAGGACUGGACCCCUCGUGGAAGCUUCGUAGUGUUUCGGUGCAAGAUCGGACAAACGGUGACGUGUACCUCUUCAACUGUUAUUCUCUUUUAAGCAAAGACGAAGGAUCCACUUUGGAUGACAUCAAAUGCACUGGAAAGGCAGAACCCAAAGAGGCGGAUGAUGCGAUGAUGGGUCGACACAAGCUCUUGACGGUCUCCUGGAGGCAAUAUACUCCGCCCAAGGAACGCCAUCUCGAAGCUGACGAGAAAGACGCCGAAGUGCGCAUGUCCCCUGGAUGGCAAUUUGUGGAUGAAAUCAAACAAGUCUUUGAGAAGAUCAGAGCGAUUGAGAACGAUCUGGGGGCACCUGAACUGCACGGAGGAGAUUACGAAGACUUCUCGAAGCAGGAAGACAAAAUUAAGAAAAUUGGUGAAUCAAUCGACAAACUUCGUCCAGAAGUUGAUUCAGUUUUCGAUCGUAGUGAAAUUGCUGUGCAAGACUGCUCAGGAAAAGAGGCUGAGGCGAUUGAACAAGCCUUAGACAAGGUCCAGUCUCGUUGGAGUAAGCUUAAUCGGGAAUAUAAGUCGAGGAAAGGUCGUUGGGAGAACGCGGUUGCCGUUUGGCAGAGGUUCCACAAGGAUAUCAAAGAUCUCACAUUGUGGAUAAACAAUGCUGAGAAAAUUAUCCGGGAGACGAAAUUACCCACCGGAGAUUUGGACAUCGACCGGGCGAAGCAACAACAGGGGCCGUUAGAACAAGCCAUAGCAGAUCACCAGAGCACUGUAACAGCUGUUAAUACAACUGGUGAUGAAAUUAUCAAAAACUCAAGUGUCGUAGAAGCGGAAAUACUCAGAGACAAACUCGAUGCGUUGAACAGACGAUGGAAGAUAAUCUGUACUGAAGUCGCUGAUCGCAGAGAACGGUUCCACGAGGAAGAUAUGGAGUACGAGGAGUUUGCUGACGAGUGUCGAGAUUUGACCCAAUGGAUGAACGAGGUUGAGGUGACCUUAGCUCAACGAGAUCCAUCACCUGCUGAUGAAGAUGGUUUGAAACAUCAACUAGAGAAAGUCAAGGAUCUUGAGGAUGAAAUGAUUGGUAAGGAAGAAACAGUUCGUUCAAUUCGUAAGACAGGGCAACGUCUUCAAACGAAGCCAAUCCUAUCGAAACCCUCACAAGAGGAUGUCAAACGACGGAUGGAAGCUGUUGAAUCUCACUGGCAACGCAUUAAACUCGCCGUCCCCAGAAGACGGAAAAGUAUUGACGAUAAACUCGCUGAUCUAAAGAAGUUCUUGGAGAACCUCGAGGAACUUUACAUCUGGACGUCAACCUCGAGAGACCUCCUCGACACCCAGACCAGCCUUGGCAAAACUCCGGACGAUAACCUCGAGGAUAUUAAACGAAAUCUUAGCUCAAGGCGACCAGUUUACGAUCAAGUGAAUAAUACUUACGAACGAUAUCAAGAAGAAAGCAUUCUUUCUACAACCGCCAUUCCAAGCAACACGCAUGAGAAAUGGAGAAAGAUGAACGCCGACUGGGGAACGAUAUCUCGAUACAUUGAUCAACCUAGGAUGAUUAUUGAACAGCCUAUAAACAUUUCUGGAGUACAAGCUGUCUGCUCCACGCCAGAUAUAUUAAUCACACAAGCCGAUGACGACGAGAAAACGACACCAUGGCCUAAAUUUGACAAGGCAGUUUCUGAAUUGCACGACUGGCUGUCUCUGGUUGAAGAUGUUAUCAAAAAUCAAAGAAUUAUGUUGGGAAAUGUUGAUGAAAUGCAGAGACUAACGAACAAGCAAAAACAGUCUGUCGAGGAUGAACUUCGUGGAAAACAAUAUCUUCUCAAUGAUAUCUCGGAGAUGAGCUUCAAACUGGAGGAAGAGACUGAGAACGAGUCGCAUAAAAACAUAUUACGUCACCAGAUCCAGUCCCUCAAGGAACACUGGCAUAACGUCCAGCAACAGUCAAACGACUGGUUGAACAGGAUUAAUUUGAUGCGGGAUCUUUGGAGGCAAUAUGAACAGAUUAAGAACGAGCUAGAAGCAUGGCUUGCUAAAGCUGAGGAGAGGUUGAAUAACGCAGAACGAACCACUGGAAAUACUGUCGCUGAACUUGAAGAUCUUCUCCAGGAACAUAAGAGCUUCCGUGAGGAGGUGGAAAGCUGGCGUCCUCGAGUGGAUAGAUUGAACGAUCUUGGAGAAGAAUUGAUACGAGAAUUCCCUGAGCAUAAUCCAAGCGACAUCAGGUUAACCUCACAUCGUGAUACUCAACGCUAUAACAAGCUUUCUUCACGUUGUGAUGAGCGAAAGGAUAAAUUACAAGAAAUGCUGACUCGUCUGGUACAAUUCCAUGAAAACAUGAUAUCAGCUCUGACGUGGCUCACUUCAGCUGAGUCUAAAAUCGCUGAGCUGGACAGCGCCGUAGAUGCGGCCGCUACAGAAGAACAACCAGAUCUGAGCUCGCUAAAGGACGAAUUGAAGGCCCUGGAAGGUGAUAUUAAUUCACAUCAAGAGACAUUCGCCUCUCUGAAUGAAAAUGGUCACGUGGUUAUGGCCGAUCUCGCCCCAGGCGAGGUGCUCACUGCACUGCAAUCUAAACUGGAUGAUAUGAACGAUCGUUGGAAUAGCUUGAAUGCGCGGUCAGUUGAUGUUGGUGAUAAACUGGAUGGCGGGGCGACAGAAUGGCGCCAAUUGUUCUUGGACUUACAAGAGAUUGUUGACUGGAUUGAACGAGCGAUACAGCAGCUGGAGGCUCAGAAACCAGUUGGGAAUGAUCUUGAGACUGUUAAUGUACAGAAUGAUGCUCACCAGGCAUUCAAGAACAAGAUGAACAUGCAACGUUUGGUCAUCGACCGCGCUUUGGAGUCAGGAAAACGUCAUUUAGAGACUCACGACACAGCACACCCAGCCUCACCAUCGCGGGCUCAUCUUGCUGACAACCUUCGCGUUCAACUCAGUGCAAUCAGAGACCGCUGGCCAAAACUUGCCAAGAGCAGCGACGCUUGGCAGAAGACAUUGGACGAAGCUUUACGGUUGCUUAAUCUUCUCGAGAAGAACAUGCGAGAUCUUGAUGGAAAACUCCAGGAAGCUGAGAAUUACAGCAAUCAAUGGAAACCUGUUACGAUCGAGGUUGUUCAGGACCAGUCUGAUAAUAUGAAGCGUUUCCACGCGAUCGUUUCCCCGUUACAAGGCAUGUUUGAUGAUGUAGAUGGCGUGGAGAAUAACUUGCGACGGUGCAAUGUGAUUCUACCGUCGCCCUGGCAAAAUCGUCUUGAUGAUCUGCACAGACGCUGGAAGGAACUUCAAAUGAAGAUGUUGAAUCGAGAAAACACGAUCCAAGAAAAUAUCACUGAAUAUGAUAUGAACAUCACACAAGAACCUCUGCAAGCGAGUGUCGUUCGUCCUUGGGAAAGAGCCAUAUCUGCAAACAAGGUCCCCUAUUAUAUCAACCACAAAACGGAAACGACCCAAUGGGAUCAUCCUAAAAUGACGGAUCUUUUCCAUCAAUUAACGGAGUUGAAUGAUAUUAGAUGGAGCGCUUAUAGAACAGCUAUGAAACUCAGAUGUAUCCAGAAAGCCGCUGGCCUGGAUAUGGUAGAGAAGAACGUUGUAGUUGAAGCAUUAGAACGUCAUAAUAUGCACGGAUCUCAUGAGGAUAUUAUUGGUGUUUCCGAGAUGGUCAAAGUGUUGACUUUCAUCUUCGAUAAACUGGAUAUGAAAGAGAAGGAAGCUAUUGAUAUUCCGUUGUCCAUUGAUCUCAGUCUUAACUGGCUGUUGAAUGUUUAUGACAGUGGUCGUAUUGGGAAGAUCCGUGAACUCUCCUUCAAAGUUGGCUUGAUCAGCAUGUCCCAAGGACCCUUGGACGAGAAAUACAGAUAUCUAUUCUCUCUCGUGUCUGAUUCAUCCAACCAUGUCUCCCCAAAGAAACUCGGGCUGUUACUACAUGACCAACUUCAGAUCCCAAAACAACUGGGCGAAGCGGCAGCCUUCGGUGGCAGCAAUAUCGAACCAAGUGUGCGAAGCUGUUUUGAACGAGCAAAGAAACCCGACUCAAUAACUUGUCAACAAUUCUUGGACUGGCUUGAAAAGGAGCCUCAGAGCGUCAUAUGGAUCCCAACUCUUCAUCGCCUCGCGAGCGCUGAAAGUGUUAAACACGAAUCGAAAUGCCAGAUCUGUAAGGAAUACCCAAUAGUUGGACUACGCUUCAGAUGUUUGAAAUGCUUCAACUAUGAUGUCUGCCAAAGCUGUUUCUUCUCCGGUCGAACCUCUCGUAACCACUACGUGACACAUCCAAUGCAUCAGUACUGCCUUUCGACAACUGGCCCGGAGGAUGUGAAGGACUUUUUCAAAGUCGUAAAGAACAAGGUGAAGCCACGGAAAUACAAGAAUAAACCGCCAAAACAUCUUGGAUAUCUUCCAGUACAGACAGUAAUGGAGGGAACGAACCUGGAAACGCCUCAGUCACCACCCCCAAGUCAUAAUCAGGACAUGCAUAACAAGUUGGGCAUGUUUGCUAACAGACUCGCUGAUUUGGAAGGCAGUGGGAGUUUCAAGACGCCUCAGAAGAAAGGAAAGAGUAAAGGCAGCAACGAUGAUUUUGAUGAGCAUAAAAUUAUCGCGCGGUAUUGUAAGAGCCUCGAGCCAGGAACUCCUGCUAAUCAGCCGCGAAGCCCGACUCAAAUUCUGAUGGAAUUGGCCCAGGAAGAAAAAGAAGAUUUGGACAAGACGAUCACUGAUCUUCAAGAUGAAAACAAAACCCUAAUGGAAGAACUCAGCCAGUUAAAAUCGUUGACGACGAGUCGCGACGAUCCUCACUCGGGACAAGAUCGUGAGAAUGACGUCAUGAACGAGAUCAAGUUGCUACGUCAGCACAGAUCACGUCAUGAAUCGCGUGUCAAAGUGUUGGAGGAUCACAAUCGCCAAUUGCAACAACAGUUGACGAAGCUGAAACAAUUGCUUGAACAGCCAUCUGAAAGAUCAGGAUCGCGAAUGACUCCAGCGUCCUCAUCUGGUUCAGUCAAGAAACCUGGUUACCAUGGUGACGCCACGGCAAGCGAUAGUGACAACGAUGGUGAAAGAAAACCGCUGGUCACAGGUUCUCGAGGUAUACAAGACCCGGAGCUACGUGACGUCAUGGAUAAAAUAAACACGUCCUUUCCGCAUGAUGGAGGAUCGCACGGAGACUCCUCAAAGCAGCCAUUAAUGGGCGAAGAACGAUGAUUUGACUUUGGAAAAUAUUUACACAGUUUAGUUAGGAUUUAAGGCAAUACGCGAUUUUUAACCUUACGUUAUCUGUCUGACUCUGUUCAAUGUUUGUACUAACAAUAUAUAGAUAUUCUGGUGUUAAUGUUCUCAUAUAACCUGCUUAAGAUGUAACACGUAUAAAAUUUUCAAUGUUUUGAGAUGUAACUCCUUUAUAAUCUUGUUUUUAUAAUAAAUGUUUGCAUAUUUAA